UGAAGGUGUUGAUGUGAUGUCACUCUCUUCUAUCCAGGUGCCAGCCUUCCUGCCCACACUCCUACCUGCUGUCACAGGCCACAACCAUCAUGCCUCGGGGACAGAAGAGUAAGCACCGUGCCCGUGAGAAACGCCGAGAGACCCAUGGUCAAUCUCAGGGUCUCACAGGUCCCCAGACCACUGCAGAAAAGCAAGAAGAGCCCCGCUCUUCCUCUUCUUCUUAUCCCGUUUGUCAGGGUGCUCGUUGUAAGACUUCUGAUUCCUCCGUUCCGCAGGAGUCUCAGGGAGCUUCACCCACUGGCUCUCCUGAUGUAGGUGUUUCAUGCUCAAAAUCUGAUGUGGCUGCCAAGGAUCAAGAUGAGAAAAAUGCAAGCACCUCCCCUGAUGCCUCCAUUCCUCAGGGGUCUCAGGGAGUUUCACCCACCGCCUCUCUUGAUGCAGGUGCUUCAUGCUCAAAAUCUGAUGUGGCUGCCAAGGGUCAAGAUGAGAAAAAUGCAAGCACCUCCCCUGAUGCCUCCACUCCUCAGGGGUCUCAGGGAGUUUCAUCCACUGCCUCUCUUGAUGCAGGCGUUUCAUGCUCAAAAUCUGAUAUGGCUGGCUUGAAUCAAGAUGGGGAAAGUGCAAUCACCUCCCAGAGAGCUGCCUUCUUUAAGACCACAGAUCGAGAUCCUCUAAACAGGAAGGCGAGUGCGUUGGUGCAAUUCCUACAGGAGAAGUUUGAGAAGAAAGAGAUCAUUUUGAAGGCAGACAUGCUGAAGCGUAUUAGCAGAAAGUACAAGGAAUACUUGCCUGAGAUCCUCAAGAAAACCUCCAACCAUUUGGCAGUGGUUUUUGGCGUUGAAUUGAAAGAAAUGGAUUCCAGCGGUGAAUCCUACACCCUUGUCAACAAGCUGGGCCUCUCCGGUGAAGGCAUUCUGAGUGGUGUUAAUGGGCUGGCGAAGUCGGGUAUCCUGGUGUCUCUCCUGAGUUUCAUUUUCAUGAGAGGGAACCGUGCCACUGAAAAGGAGGUCUGGGACUUCCUGGGUGUUUUGGGGAUCUAUGACGGAAUCACGCACUCAAUCUAUGGGGAGCCCCGGAAGAUCAUUACAGAAGAUUUGGUGCAAGAUAAGUACCUGGAGUACCGGCAGGUGUGCAACAGUGAUCCUCCAUGCUAUGAGUUCCUGUGGGGUCCACGAGCCCAUGCUGAAACCAGUAAGAUGAGAGUCCUGAGAGCUUUGGCCAGUAUCAAUAACACUGCCCCCGGUUCCUACCCACAUCUGUAUGAAGAGGCUUUGAUAGAUGAGGUAGAGAGAGCGUUAAGACUGAGAGCUUAAAGGCAGGGCUGGCACUGUUCUCUUGGCCAGGGAACCUUAUAGGAGUAUAUCCUAUAGAUCCACUUCUAGGGAAGUCUGAAGUAGAAUUUGUGCUUUAUUCUAGAAGAGAGUAGUGAGCUUUAUAAGUAGUGCAGUAUAGUAGAGGCUGGAGGGAAAAAGAUGUGUAUCUUUCUUUUAUCCUGUUACACAUGAGCAACUUACAGAUUUAUGUUUUGCUUUUAUUAAUUUUCAAGAUUGUUCCUGUUAAGUGAAGGUUUAUUUUGCUUCAUACUAUAAAUGUAUCAGUAACAUAGCUCUCACAUUCAUAGCUGUUUAACCAAUUUGGAAGUUAUGGUUUUGGUAUUAAUAAAACAAAAUCAUACACCAUUCAUAUUUUCUUUAUAAUUCAAAACUAGAUAACAUGGUAAUAGAGAAGGGAUUUUGAUAUGAAUCUUAAAGAACUCCACAGUAAACUAGUUGACACCAUAAUAGGAUGAGAAAGCAAAGUAAAAACGGAAAUGUAAAAGUUGCCUAAUUCUUGGUUUGCCUUAUUCCUUAUUUCUUUUAAUAUAAAUAAAGGAUGCUUGGAUUCAUUUAGGUUAUUACAGAGUGCUGUUAGUUUGUUUUGUUCUACUGCACUUCAUAUUCUGUCACUGACUGCAUAAAAAAACAAAAAAACUCUGAUUGGAGAGUGGUAUUUUCUGGGUUUAAAAUAAUCAUAUGAAAUGCAGUGAUCAAUGUAAGCCAGAAUGAGUACACUAAAAUCCUUUUGAAACAAGGCCGCUAAGUUUAAAAACUUUCCAUAGGCUUUUAUUGUUUCAGACACUUUCAAGAUGUGAUAAUUGUGUUUCUUAAUAUAUCAUUAGGAAAAUUAAAAAUUAAUAUUGUGUAAAAACACAUAUUAUGGUAACUGCCAUUUAUUACUAUUUCCUACUUAGUAUGCCUUAUUUUUUAUUUUUAU